AGCUGCCAAUGCGGACGCGAGCGCGUGUGGACGCUGGGGAGGACCGUACGGCUGUAAAGGCUCCGUUGCGAGCGCUCAUAGGACGGCGCGUAGCAUCUGCCCGUUGACCGGCAUCGCUAAGCCUUAGUUGUUCCGCAAGCACACCCCUCGCCGCCUCGCUGCGGUUACGCGCAGCACGUAAAGCGUUCGCUGUCUGUACGCGCACCAUACAACGAGCUCAUAGAGGCAGCUCAACAACAAAAAAGCAUGGCCAAAAAGCGCGACCGCUGGGCCAGCGACAGCGACGAGUCCGACCGGAGCGACGGCGAAGAAGCCGAAGCGCCGGCCGCGCCGCCUGCGCCGCCGCGCGCCGCGGCACCGCGGCAACCGCCGCAACAACUCCAGCGGCGGCCGGUUAAACAGAGACGGCACCCGCUGAUCCACGGCUGUAGACGCGUCGACUGCUUCGAGCGGCUUGAUCGGAUUGAGGAGGGCUCCUACGGCGUCGUCUAUCGAGCGCGAGAUAUUGAGACCAGGGAGAUCGUGGCCCUGAAACGCGUCAAAUUGACAAGGGAGGCCUGCGUUAACGGGUUUCCAGUCACGGCCCUGAGGGAAGCCAAUGUACUGUUAACAUUAGCCCACGAGAACAUUGUCAGAGUGAAGGAGAUGGUCGUCGGCGACGCAAGUGAUCAGGUCUUCAUGGUCAUGACGUGUUUUGACCGGGACCUCAAAUCUUGUCUGAGGGACCACGAGGGACCCUUGGCUCAGGCGGACAUGAAGUGCCUCGCGUCCCAACUCUUCGCGGCCGUGGCGCACAUGCAUUCACGCUGGUACAUCCAUCGGGACAUCAAGACCAGCAACGUCUUGUAUAACGACGACGGGCGGUUGGCGUUAUGUGAUUUUGGGCUCGCGCGGCGCUUCGGCGACCCCGUGGAGCCCAUGACGACCAAUGUGGUCACGCUGUGGUACCGGUGCCCCGAACUUCUGCUGGGGGCUACCUCUUAUAGUACUGCUGUCGACAAUUGGUCGGUGGGAUGCGUGCUGGCCGAGUUGUUACUGAAGCAGCCCGUCUUUGCGGGGCGGUCGGAGGUCGAGCAGCUCCACGCGAUCUUCAAGGUGUUGGGAGCGCCCGCGGACGGCUAUCUCACGGAGCUGCCCCUCGCGGACACGCUGCUCAAUUUCGGCAAGCGCCGACCGAAGAAUCGGUUAAGGGAGAAGUUUCCCACGGCUACUUUUGGAAGCACGGCCACUACCCCGCUGACGGCAUCCGGUUUGGAUCUGCUCCAAAGAUUAUUCGCGUACGAUCCGGCGUCGCGGUUGGGCGCGGCGCAGGCGUCUUCACAUAACUACUUCCGCGAGGCGCCCUUCGCGACGCCGCGCCGGUACAUGAAGUUGAGGGUGGAGAAGAAGGUCGAGAAUGUAGCGCCGGUUAUCGAGUCGCCGCCGGCGCCGGAGAAUCUAGGGAUGUAA